AUGCGGUAUGAAAGUUGCAAUGAUAUUUUGAACAAACUACCCAGCGUAAAAGGAAAGGAUGGUGUAUAUGAGAUAAACUUGGACGAUCAAAAAAAGAAAGUGUUCUGUGACAUGACUACGGAGGGAGGCGGUUGGACGCUUCAAAGUUUGGAUUGCGACCAGUUUUAUGCUAAGUAUACCACAUUUCAUGUCGGGAAUGCGGCCAGUAAAUACAAGCUCACUGUAUCGGGGCCUUCAGGAACAGCGGACGAUAUUAUGGAGUACGACGAUGGACAGACGUUCACUACAUAUGAUCAGGAUAAUCGCAUAGACAGUGGAGAUAACUGUGCAGUGAUAAGACAUGGAGCCUGGUGGCACGGUUCAUGUUUAACUUUAGACCUCAACGCGGAGGACACGAUGUGGACUACUGGGGACAGUGAUAGAGCGUUAAAAGGGACCUUGAUGAUGGUCAGGACUAAUGAGUAA